UGAAAAAAAACCCAAUCGUAUUCUUGGAGGGGCGGGACAAACCCGAAGAUAACGGGACUGUGGUCAUUACAGCUGUGGACCAUUAUAAUCUUAAUAAUGUAACUGAUAGGCAGUGACAUUAUUGUGAUGAUCUAUGUUUGAGGUGCAGAGAGAGACAAGAGGAUGCUUGACAUAGAGUUGGGAAUACACUAAUUGAGAUGUCUCUGGCCCAGAGGGUGUUGUUGACUUGGGUCUUUACCCUGGUGUUUCUCAUCAUGCUGGUGCUCAAACUGGAUGGGAAGGUGCAAUGGAACUGGUUCCUCAUCUUUCUCCCAGUCUGGGUCUUCGACGGCAUCCUCAUCCUCAUGCUCGCCGUCAAGAUGGCGGGGCGAUGCAAACUCGGGUACGACCUGCGCAACGGCUCGUCGUCCCUGCGCCUGCGCGCCUGGUACUUGACCGCCAUGCUGCUCAAACUGGGCUUCUGCCUGACGCUGUGCGCCAAGCUGGAGAAGCUGGCCGACGUGAAGCUGACGUUUGUCUGCAUACCGCUGUGGACCAUGCUGCUGGGAGCACUGGUGGAGCUGGGGCUGAAUAUCUGUCCUGAAAGAAGAGAGGCUUGACGCAGUGUUGUCUCAACUCACUUUUUGAGCAAGAGAACGGCCCGGUUAUGAAGCUGAAAUCGUCUAAAAGAAGCUGCUAGUUGGUCAAUCAGUCCCCAGAGCUUCAAUUCUUUAUUGAAGAGCAGCUGUUUGUUAAUCUACUGUGAAGCCAACACUGAAGAAAAUUAAAAACAAAAAUUGUCAUGUUCA